AUGGCUGUACGAGACACUUCAGCUGCGUUAACUUUACUGAUUCGUAUUUGCUUAUAUUUUGUUUUUGUAAGUGGUAAGACUAGUAAAUUUAUACACUGCUUUUGUUUUAGCUUAUGCUCUGUGCUUCAAUGAGCGUUUACCACACUUAUUGUAAGUUUUAAACGUUAAACUUAUUCUUAAGCUUUCAUAAUCUUAUUCACUCUGGUUGAAAGAUUUGUUUACCUUUCGAUAACCGUUUUGACUUGUAUCCACAACAGGGUACACAAAAAACCCUGAUCAGUCGAGAAUCUGCACUUUUGAAAACUGCUAUACUUCUUUAGAUUUGACCGACGCUAAUAGAAUUUUUAUGGUUGUACCGUUACAGGUCGGAGAGAGCUUAGCUGCCUCGGUGGUAAGUCAUACUUUUUCUUUAUCAGGGUUUUAAUACUCCAUUAGUGCUUCCUUCUCUCUUAUUCCUCCGAGUCGGCUACGGAUAAAGAGGGAAGGGGAGGAAUGGAAAGUAGGUAUCGAAAUCAUUUGAAAAAUUUAUAAAAAAGCUAACAAGAAAGAGAAAUAUAUGUCAAUAAAAAUUUUCUGUUUAUAAUACAACAAUUUAGGGUUAUGUCCUUCUACGCAAGAUCUUGUUGUCCACUUACAAAAACAUCAGAUUUGCUGGACUGUCAAAACAAUUCCAAGUAAAUUAUUAUAAAUUUAUAUCAAUAUUUUUAGAAGAAUCAGCAGUGA